CGCCAUCUUGGAAAUUAUAUCAACGCUAAAUACAAAUUGGUUCGAGCUGCGAAAUUGAGUUAACACAGUUGCAUUAACGCAAUCGCUAAAAGCAAGCGAUGCGUCGACUUCGUGUGACUUCAAAGCAUCGCGAGAGCAAAGCUCUGCAUGCAAACACGUGAAUGGCUUAACCAGAUUGAAGGGCUCAUUUCUCUUGUCACCUGCAGUGGGAGGGGCCACCGGAGGUAGAAGAGCUGUGAUUGGCCUAGCAGGGAGGAGGUUUCUAUGACAUUGUGAUGCUGUGCAGAUGCUCGGCAGCAGCGCUAGUCGAGAAAGACAGGCUAGUGGCAUCCUCUCUCUCUCUCUCUCCCUCUUUCUCUCCCUCCCCCCUCUAUUUCAUCUCUCUCUUUUUCUCUCUCCUUUCCCCUCACACGCAAGCACGCAUACACACACAUACUCCGUCACACUGCAGCAGAAGGGAGAGGACACACUGUGAAGCCGUGAGUUUGAAUCAGGCCUCUCCUCUUCCCAUCUUGCUCCUUAUCUCUCCUGUGGAAGACAACCUGUCUCACUCCUCAUCUACCCUUUGCUCUCCUUCAAGGACUACCGCACCCAAGGAGCAUCAGCCGUCUCGGACUUACUGCAGCACAACGGAUCUACGGAUAACUCGCAUACACCUAUAUCCGAGGGCCUUCCUCUUUUUUCCCUCUGCGUUUCUUGUUGCCAGGCAGUGUUGGCUGAGCAUCAGGCCGUGAGGACGCGUGCCGGAGCGUGUGUCCAUGCAUGAGUGCGUGCAUGACACGGUCCUUCUCUCCAACUGACUGAGCACACGCUCCAACGUGGGAGACUGGUUUUACACCCCAGCUGUCAUUCUUUCUUCCCUUGCCCUCUCCGUCCUUCGGAUCCACAUCCCUUGCAGCUUCUCUUCCUCCUGACAAAGGUGGACAGUAUCCCAGGAUGCCGUGCGGCAGGCCAUACUGCUAGGCCGCAGCAGCAUGGGCAAAGCACCGGGGGGGUGGGACAGCACGGAUUGGACGGCUCUGCUCCAGACGGGCGCGCUUACGCACUCCACCACUUCAGAUGGGUGAGGACGGCGAGAGCCCCAAAAUCAAUCACAGCUUCCUCCGAGACUAUGUCACCGAAGCUGAUGUCAUUUCUACUGUGGAGUUUAACCAGACGGGGGAUCUGUUGGCUACGGGGGAUAAGGGGGGGAGAGUGGUCAUCUUUCAGAGAGAGACAGAGCCUAAAGGUGAAUCUGAGGAGCUGUGCGAAUCAGGCGAGUAUAACGUCUACAGUACGUUCCAGAGUCACGAACCAGACUUCGACUAUCUGAAGAGUUUGGAAAUCGAAGAGAAGAUCAACAAGAUCCGAUGGCUGCCACAGCAAAACGCUGCCCACUUUCUCCUCUCAACCAAUGAUAAAACGAUAAAGCUAUGGAAGGUGAGCGAGAGAGACAAAAGGCCAGAGGGAUACAAUCUCAAGGAUGAAGAAGGACGAAUAAAGGACAUCUCCACCGUGACCUCAUUACGGGUACCUGUACUAAAACCCACUGACUUGAUGGUCGAAGUGCGGCCCCGCAGAAUCUUUGCCAACGGCCACACCUACCAUGUCAACUCCAUCUCAGUCAACAGCGAUGGUGAGACAUAUCUGUCAGCUGAUGAUCUCAGGAUCAACAUGUGGCAUCUGGACAUCACGGACCGCAGCUUCAACAUUGUGGACAUUAAGCCAGCCAAUAUGGAGGACCUGACAGAGGUGAUAACAGCGGCAGAAUUCCACCCGCAUCACUGCCAUAUGUUUGUGUACAGCAGCAGUAAAGGCACGCUACGCCUCUGUGACAUGAGAGAGUCGGCUCUCUGUGACAAGCACUCGAAAAUCUUUGAGGAACCAGAGGACCCAGGCAAUCGCUCUUUCUUCUCUGAGAUCAUCUCGUCGGUUUCUGACGUUAAGUUCAGCCACAGUGGACGAUAUCUGCUUACUAGAGACUACUUGACAGUCAAGGUUUGGGACCUCAACAUGGAGAAGGGCCCGGUGGAGACAUACCAGGUUCAUGAGUACUUGAGGAGUAAACUGUGUUCGCUGUAUGAAAACGACUGCAUUUUUGACAAGUUUGAGUGUGUAUGGAACAGCACAGACAGUGUAAUCAUGACAGGAGCGUAUAACAGUUUUUUCCGGAUGUUUGAUCGUGAGACGGGUCGCGGCGUGACCCUCGAGGCAUGGCGCGAGAGCAGCAAACCGCGAGCCGUGCUGCGGACCCGCCGCGUUUACACCGGGGGCCGGCGUCGCCGUGGCGAUGUGGGCGUGGACAGUCUGGACUUCUCUAAAAAGAUUCUGCACAUGGCCUGGCACCCGGCGGAAAACAUCAUUGCCAUUGCAGCCACUAACAACCUCUAUAUCUUUCAGGACAGGGUCAAUCCUGAAAACCAGUGACAAGAGACAUCCAAGGGGUUGCCAAAGGGCCACACACAUGCAACGGAAACCACAUUUAUGCACUCGAUUUGAUCAUCAAUUACAAAACGAACAAAUCAUUGGCCCUGUGGAGAUGGACAUAAGUGCCAGAGCCCUAAAAUAUAAAGUUUUACGUUGCAGAUAAGCUUUUCCAUCAGAAAAACUACACACUUGGAGAAGCAUUUAUGUAUAAAGUUGAACAACUUUCUGGUUAAUUACACCGCUAAGAAUGUUGCAAUGAGCUCCACUAUGUGAAAUGUACUGUGUGAUUGACUGUACUCUCAGCCAAUCCUGGACUCCUUUGAUCGGUGAUGGAUGGGGUUGUCACCCAAUCCCAGAAUGUGCUGAUAUGUGACUGACAGCCAGCAGGGAUGUGGGGCGGCGCCACUGUGCCGAGGACUAGGAAUGAGACAGCUCCAGUUCUUCUUACCAGGUUGCCAUGGAUACAGGUUACUCAGUUGUCACGGUAACAAGAGUGCUCAGAGCAGUCUUCCUAUCACGUGCUUCCCAAAAACCUGUCCGACAAUGCAUCCGCUACACAAGCUCACUUUUUUUUCACGUUGACCGUUUGUGGAGACGUUGAUGCAUAUUAGACCGAAUCACUAUAUUAAAUCCUUGCAGGAGCUUUAAAUUCCAUUGCUUGUUACACAGAUGAGAUGGAUGAGACUGCUCCUUCUUCAGAACAUGUCCUAACUGGGUUACACCUCACUAUGGAUUACAUUUACACCUGUGUGGUAUGGUAAAAUUGACCAAAGCCAAAAUCGUAGCCCUUCACUAAGAAGUAAAACUCUGUGCUAAUGUUUUUCAAACUCUCAUAUUUAUACAUUGUACUUAAACAUUUUAGGCUACAUUUUUUACAAUCAACUUACUACUUUAAAUCUCUAACUUCAACUCUUUAAAAAAAGGUAAGCAAUUUUAACUUUAAUUAUAAUUUUAUAAAUUAUAGCAAUCCAUCACUGGUUAAAAUCGACAUUACGACAUUGACAUCGACAUUUAUUCAUUUAGCAGAUGCUUUUAUCCAAAGCGAUUUACAAGUUAAAAAAAUUUUUUUAAAUGAGUUAUAAUGCCGAUUGACUUGCCCCAAAAAAAUUAAGGAGCAAAAAAUUCACCGUUUACAGUUAAGCACCCACAUUAUUUUUUUGUAUUAAGUAGUGAACUGUAGUACUGUUCCUAAUGUAUUAUUCUGUUCCUACUGUAUUAUACUGUAUGUAUAAUAUAUAAUGUUUUUGUACCUUGCACUAAAAUUUAAGAGUACAUAACUAGAGAUCUUUAAGGUCAUACUUUGCUUUAUGGGGUGUCGAAAAACAAGUUUAUGUACAUAGAAGGUGUAAAAACAUUAUUAUUUUGUAAUAAUAGGCAGUUAUUCUUUCCUUGACUGAGUCUCAAAUGAUUCGUUCCGCGAUUCAUCAUUCCCGUUCGGAUUUACAACUUGGCAGAGUGCUUACUUUCAAACACGGAAACAUUACACACUGCAUGAAAUGAAAUGAUCUCAUUUUUUGUACUCUGUAAAGAAUACUACAGUAUUAUCCACAAUUUAUCAGUUCACUUUAGUUAUACUGAAGUGUACAGUAGUAUAGAGGAUGUCAAGCUGAGGUCACGCCUUAUGUUGCAUGUUGCAGUGGCGCCGCCAUCUUGGGAGGAUCAUACUCCACGGCUAUUAUUGUUUUGAUAUGUACCAUUGCUUGUUUUGUUUGAUGUAUGGAGAAAUUGAAAGUAAAAGAACAAGGGGCGUUUCUUGAACGACUCUGCUUAAUGCUAUUGCAGUUUUUAACAUAGCAAGACCUACCUACAACAGUUAUAUUUCCUAAUCAAACAAGAAAAACAAAACACUGCAUUAAACGUACUAGCAGCGGUCCUCCCAAGAUGGCGCAACAUUCAACACGUCGUGAUGUAGCUUCACAUUCUCAAUAGCAAUUAACAUACUACAAGUAUACCACGGUUACCUAUAGUAAAUACUAAGGUAUACUACUGUAUUUUAUUUAUUGGGCCUCAGACUUUUUUAUGAUUAUACUCAGAAUUCAGUUAAGUAAGGAACACAACGAAUUAGCCAUACAAAUAAAAAAUAAAAUAGUUUUCAUACAUUGCCUGAAUGUAGCAUCAAGCAAAGGCAAACGUCUUCAAUUUAGCCCAAUUUAGGGGACAAAUUCGUCUUCCACGAUUCAAUCUGCAACCAAAAUUGUUAAAUAUAAUGAGUUUACAAAAAUAGAGCGAUUAGCAACUGGGAGAUCAUGUGAUUUUAAGAAAGAUGACCCACCUUAUGUAAAAUAAUACAACUUAGAUUCUUCAUCUCGUGUGAGUGGAUGAAACAUUUUGGUCAAAAUAACUCAUUCAUUUAUUUAGCCAUAAAACAUUUGUUUCCACACAGGUGUAUGUGUUACUCCAUAUUCACUGUGAGUCUUUUUAAAGGUGCCAUUCACCUUCUGGGUGACUGUUUGUUUGGUGUUGGUGUGGUGAUGAAGUGUUGGGUGUCAGUUUAGUUUAUGACACAAAGGUCAAUGGUUGUUUUUAUUAUAUGAAAAAGGCUUUAAUGAAUGUAUCUGUCAAACCCAUGCUUUUAAUUCAUUCAUUUUGAAAGUGUUAUGAUGUUAAUGGGAUGCUCUCCUAUCUACAAGCUCUUUUUAGUGUCUCUUAUGGGUUUUCUUGUCCCAAUUUUGUAUGCUCCUUCCUCUACACGGAUCGAGGCUGUGCCUCAUACAAUUAGUCUCUCACUCUUAAAUUUGUAGUCUUUGUUAAAUGUGUAAUUGCACGCAUAAAUGAAAAUUCUGUCAUUUACUCAUCCUUGUGACAUUUCAGUCUUGUUUGACUUUCUUCUGUGGGGCACAAAAGGAGAUUGGCCUUGGUCACCAUUCACUUUUAUUGUAUAUCAAACAGCUGGGAUUUCUCCUUUUGUGUUCCAGUCAGGAAAUCAGGUUUGAAAUGACAUGAGAGGAAGUAAAUUAUAGUUUCCUGUUUUUUAUUUUAAUAACUGCAGUGUUGACAUCAACUUCUAGAAUUAUUUGUUUUAGUCUGGGACGAUGCUUCUCGGCUGUUUAUGUAUCUGUUCCUCUCUCACUUGGUUUCUCAUACCGAAUAACAUUGCACCGUGACAUCCUGUCACCAUGGUGAUAGGCCUUCUGCCAUUAUGCAUUCUCUCAUGCUCUCCAGACAUGCAGUGAAACGUAUUCACAAUGCAACCAGGGAAUAAUGGCCUGAGUUUUACCCUGUCCACAAUCUCUCAAGAGUUUUUCAAGACCAUCCCCUCUCUCAGACACACACAGGCCUAUUCAUGCAAGCAUACACGCAGAAAAGCAUGUUUAUCAUUAUCCAGUGUUACUAAUGUGUAUAUCUAUGAUGCCUAAACAUAUUCUAUUGACACUUAAUGGAAAAAUAAAAGAGGCAAAUGGAGGAAUGUGAUUAAAUCAAUAUCACCUCUGUAUAUCAUUGAGUCAGUUCUACAUGAAUUACUCCUCUCUCUCUCAUACACCAAGUGCUUUCAAUGAGCGAAAGUUAACCGUCUGAUGGUAUUUGCAAGCAUUUGGUAAUUUGAUAUUCUGACUUAAAUUAAUUGACUCUUUUUUUCUGUUAUUUCAAUUUUGCUAUUCUUAUUUUAAUGUACUUUAUUUUGAUUAUCCCAGUGCAUUAUUGUGGUAAAUAAUAUCUUUGCUAACACUGCACCUAAAAACAAACCAAUGCUUUACAUGUCAGUUGCCGGUUCUUGGCUAGUUAAAGUUGCAGUGGACACCAAAGUCAUUUCGAAUCUCUUUAAUUUUGAAGGCACUUCAUUUAGUUUAGAAGACUAUUUGUUUUACACACAAAACAACAGUUGCAGGGAUCAGCAUGGUUCAAAAUGCACUUUGAGAUUAUGUAAACCGGUUUCACACCCCAUUGACAAAACAUUUUGACAUCGCAAACUGUGACAACAUUGAAGGUAAUCACUGUUCUUUGGCAUGUACAUUCAGAUUAUAACAUGUCGUUAAAAUAAAGAAUUACCCCAGUAAAUAAGAUCAUCUAACAAUCAUCAUCAUCCUAUGGUUCAUCGUUUGGAUUGCAAAAGUGUGUCUGAAUUUUUUCGGAAAAAUAAUAAUUUAGAAAAUUUAGAAAGACAUAAAAUAUAAUUUACUUUCAAAAUCAAAUUUCAAACAAAUCCAAACCUACAUUUGCCAUGGCUAAAACACAUCUAUAUAUACUUUCAAAAUAUCCAUGACACACUAAACAUACGAGAAUGCUACGUUUAACCUUAAGAAAAUAAGGGUAGUUUAUGGAAUGAGCACAGCUGAAAAUACUUAGCCUACAUUUGAAGAAUUCAAGGAAAAAUCUGUAUUGUAAUAAUUUUUUACCAACAUACUGUAAUCUUAAACCAAAUAAAAGGGAUAUAUCACCUGUAAAUGAAAAUUCUGUCAUCAUUUCCUCACCCUCAUGUUAUUUCAUACCUGUAAAAAUGUUAUUUGUUCAGAUGAACGCAAAGAGCGGGAUUUGGAAGAAUGUUAGUAAUUUUCAGUUCCCGGACAUAAUUGACUAGCACAGUAGGAACAGUUGAGUCAAAUGUGCACCAGAACGGUUUGUUUUCCUAAAUUCUGCAAAAUAUUUGUGUUCAACAAAACAAAAACAAAUACAAUAUUUUUUUUCUUAUAUGAUAGUGGAUGAUGUCCUAGGACUGAAAUUUGGUAACUGUGUUCAUCGGAACAAAGAAAUGUAUACAUGUCUGAAACAACCUGAGGGUGAGUUAACGAUGACAGAAUUUUCAUGUUUAGGGGCACUGUCCAUAUUUUAUGAAACAUAAACUUUAAAAUUUAAUGUUGAUCUGUUUAGCAUUAUACAAAAUUUGUAAAUUAUUGAAUCUUUUACCAAUUGAUGACAACAUAAAGCAUGCACAAUUGAUAAACAAUAGGGACGUAACAAUAUAAAAUUCCCACUGUGCGAUUAUCUAUCUCGGUAUAAAGUAUAUAAGCUUAUAUAUCCUAUAAGUGUAUAGGAUAUUUAUUGCAACAUUUACAAUGACAAAUGAUGACUUGGAAAUGUGCCACAAGCAUCCUCUUUUCUUUAUCCUCUAAUCCUCUAAUUUAUCCUCUAAUCGAGUUAUAGUACGAGAUGGGUCAAAUAACCUAAAAGUCCCUUUUAUAAAAUAAAAUAAUUGCACCAGAUGUCUAUUAUUUUUUCUAGGUCUGGAAGACCAAUCAUUUUAUACAGUCAUGUGACCGCGAUAAUUUUGACAAUUUUGCUAUUGCGAUAACACAAAUUCAAUAAUAUUGUUACAUCCCUAAUAAACAACACUCUCACAUUUAUAUUAUUUUCCUUUUGCAACAAAAAUUUACCUGACCCCUUACAUACUUGAAAUAUUUAUAAAGACUUUGCAAUCAAUCUUUAGAGAACUAUUUUCUUCCUUUAAUCACUA